CAACCCCACCCAUAUUACCUUCCAAAAGAGCCUGCUCAUGAUUUCAAUCCCCAGGAGCCUGCUCAAAAUAACAUUCCUAGGGAGCCUGCUCAGGAUUACAUUCCUAGGGAGUCUGCUCAGGAUUACAUUGCAAAGGUACCUGCUCAGGAUUACAUUCUGAGGGAACCUGCUCAGGAUUACAUUCCUAGGGAGCCUGCUCAGAAUUACAUUCCUAGGCAGCCUGCUCAAGAUUACAUUCCUAGGGAGCCUGCUCAGGAUUACAUUCCAAAGGUACAUGCCCAGGAUUACAAUUCUCAGGAGCUUGUUCAAAAUUAUAUACCUAGGGAGCCUAGCAAAGACAAGUUUGUUCCAGAUUACACUAAAGAGAAACAUGCCCAGGAUCAUAUUUACAGAGAACCUGCUCCAUUUCAUAUUCCCAGGGAGUCUGCUCCAGUUUAUGCACCCCCGGAACAUAUCCCACACAAUAGUGCCAAUGAGCCUGCCCCCGUUUACCGUUUACAGGAACCUCUUCCAGUUUACAAGUCUAAGGAGACUACUCUAGGGGAUUAUAAAAAUGAUGCAUAUCAAAAACCUGUCAUGCCACAACCAAAUAGUUUGCUUGAGGACUCCAAUGUUCAGCCUCAAGCUUUGCCUCCUAACCAGGGUACAUCUGACCAGUACUACAGUGCUAGACAACCUGCAAUGAUCGCAGAAGAGCCGGCAUAUGUUCAAGCCCCUGGAUCAAAGCUUUCUUCUCUCUAUGCACCUCAGCGUGUUGUUCCUAACGCAUAUCAAGCUAACCCUAGUCAACAGGAACAAGUUCAACAGUCAAAUGAAGCACAAGGACAGGCACGCGAGGUAGAUCCAGGCAUGGUUCCAAUGGAAGAGAGGAACUCAGUAGAGAUGAUGAAUAGAGAGAGAGCGAAUGAGCAGUACAAUGCAGCUGGUGUGGAAGAAGGUAAUGAAAAAUUAUUAUUUGAAGAUAAACAAGAAAAUGAAGUUGAAUCCAAUGAAUUAGGUGAAGAUGAAUUGCAGAAAGAGAACAAUGCUGUGGAUGAAGGUGGGAUCCCGGAUGGUGAUGGCGCCAAUGAAAAACUAGAUGAAGAUGACAAUUAUAUUGAAGUUCAGAGAGAUGAGGAAGAAAAUGAAGCAGAUUUGGAGAGUGAACUUCAUGAAGAAAAACAAGAUGAAGAUGAUGAUGAAGAAGAAGAUAGUGAGCUUGUGGACGAUGAGGUUGUUAAACAAGCAGAAGAGGAAGAGGCUGCAGAAAAUGAAGAAGUAGUGGUGGAAAGGGAAGAGGAUAAUGAACAAGAUGAAAUGGAGCAGAGAGAAGCUGAAAAUAAUGAAGAGGAGCUACAAUAAAUUGCUUAAUUAUGACAUGUAGGCUUGCAAGAUACUUUACUGAUGUUUUAGUAGAAGGCAAAAGAAUUCAAUUUCACUGAAAUCUCCAGUUGUUGCACUGCAACAUAUUCAAAUAAAUCUCAUGUAAAUGUGUGUAAAACUUUGAAUGUGUGCUGUGCAACAACUUUGACUGUGAAUUGGUUAGCGCAAUGUCAAUAAUCAGGUUCAGCUUUUGGUAUAUAUAAUUGCGAUACUGAACAUUAAACAUUCUAAGAAGUGUAGGAAUCGUGUCUGCAGUGCGGCACCUAGUAUUGAAAUCAUUAUUGUCCGCUUCAUUUUUUAAGCGAAAUGGUAUUGGGCUUCAUGUCCUCCCAAAACAUCAAUAAUUGUCAUCAAUGUCUAUUUCGCCUUUUGGGAGAAUUUUGUAUCAAUAAUUUUUAUAAUAAAAAAAGAGAGAAUUACAUAUAACUACUUUAAUCACACUGUGAUUACUCGUAUCAUAUUUCCAUUUUGUACCAAAAUCCCCCAAAAUGUGCACUAAUCACCCUUCUGGACUUGCAUUGAUGUAUAUGUAUAAUCUUUAUUCAUCGUAAACACCCCUAUGUUCAAGUAUAAAUGGUACAUCCUAUAUUUCAUACAACAAUCUUGUAGUAUCUAGUGUACUUUGAGAAAAAUAAUACUUUCUGAUUGAGAGGUGGUCUUUAAUUUUGCACAAAACUUGUACUUGCCUAUUUCAAGUGUUUCGUGCAAUAUUUUUUUUUCUUUUGAAAGUUCUUUUUAAUUUAACUUCUUGCUUAAAAGAAUAUUUAGCUUUGGGACUUAUUUUAUUUAUUGGAAGUUAUGUUGUUUUAGCAUUUUUAUUCUUCACUUGUUUUUUUUUUUUUAAUGGAAUAUUCUGACUGGUUAAUAAGGUUCUGAUUAUAGUAUGCUUGCUAACACAGCUGAGAUGAAAUGUGGCAUUUAACAGGCUGUUUGGGUUUUUGACUGCCAAAGUAAAAUAAACCUGCAUAAAAUUGAUCAAGACUGGGAUGCAAUUAGAAAUUAUUUGGUCCGAAAUUAUGGCCUUUAAAUGGUUAGUACUGUAUUUGGUUUUCUGUUACAAUAUUUGCACAGAAAUUGUUAUUUAUGAAAGCAUUAUGACAUGUAGAUCACGUCUUUAUCUUUCAACACAAGAUUUUAUAUGAGCAUGUUUUGGAUACAUGGGGCUUCAGUUAUUACAUAAUAACCCCAAGAAGAUUGAUACAUAAUUAUGUGGUACGCUUUUUCUCAUCUUUUUCUAAAUGCCUUGUCUUGAAUAGUUUCUGUAAAUAUGAAUAUUCAUGGUGAGAAUACUAAUUUAUUCAAAGGUUGUACGUAUAGCAUGUACGGUACAUCUUUAAAAGUGUUCCAGUAGCAAGCUGGAUGUAUGUCCCAGCAAGGACAACUUUGCAGGAAAACUAUUUUUUUGUCAAAUUAUAGAUUUCUGAAUUGCACAUGUAUCUUAAAUAGUUGCAUUCAAAGCAAUAAACUUAAAAUGUAAUCUCAAUUUUGUUGAUUGCUCAAAAUAAAAAAAUUAUACAGGUGUGGGAAAUUGUACAAG